UUAUCAGUUACUGUCUCUUGUAGUCCUUUGCUUAAUAUUGCGACUGCAUUCUUUCAACCACACGUUCUAUUGGCAGAAUGUGAAUCCAUUCUGAAGCCAUUUGCCGUGUUGGAAGUAAACGUGAUCACAGUUUAUUUUCCUACGAUUAAAUUCUGGUGGGCAGUAGUGUUCCACGAGGAAGAGCGCUCACAGCCACCGACCACGUCAGGUGUUGAGCCGAGUCCAGAGACUGAGCAAAUGAUGAGCAAUCCAGAAGAUCAAACUUCCAUGAUCAUAAUGAACAAUUACUUUGGUAUUGGUAUCGAUGCGGAUGUAUGUCUGCAAUUCCAUAAUAAGCGUGACGCCAAUCCGGAGAAGUUCAGCUCGAGACUCUUCAAUAAAACGCAAUACGUGAAAAUCGGUCUUCAAAAGGCGUUCUUUGAAAGAACCUGUAAAGAUCUUUGGAAACGUAUUGAGCUCGAGGUUGACGGUAAAAUCAUUGAAUUGCCCAAUAUCGAGGGAAUUGUUGUUCUCAAUUUACUCAGCUGGGGAAGUGGUGCAAAUCCAUGGGGUACGGCUAAAGAAGAGGGACAGUUCCAAAAACCAACGCACUACGAUGGUCUUUUAGAGGUAGAUAUCGAGUGUAUAUACCUAAAUCUGUUAAAUGUUCGAUUUUAUCGCGCUGGAUCUGAA